CACAGAGCAGAUGAAAGUCAGGUUUCAGUAGCGUUUACAUCGUCGACAGUCUGUCAAAGUGAGGCAACGCUAUAACAUCACUAUGAUGACGAGUGAUAACGAUUUGAAAAGUUUUUACCAGACGGUGGAAAUCUUGGCUAGAGAUGCGGGAAAGGUUAUAGCCGAUGCAAUAGACAAGGAAAAGAAUGUGUCGGUUAAAGGAAUCGAUUGGGAUAUGGUGACGGAAUACGAUCUGAAAGUGGAGGAAAUUGUAAUAAGAAGCUUGUCAGCAAAGUUUCCCACUCACAAGUUUAUAGGAGAAGAAGAUGUGGCGAAUGAGGGUAAAAUGCCGGAAUUAACUGAUGAUCCCACGUGGAUAAUUGAUCCGAUAGACGGAACGACUAACUUUAUUCACAAGUUUCCUCACGUUUGUAUCUCCAUCGCUUUGGUCAUUAAUAAAAGAGUUGAAAUCGGUAUCGUUUACAAUCCUGUUAUGGAGCAAUUCUUCUCUGCGGUGAGGGGAAAAGGAGCGUUCCUAAAUGGGAAACCGAUCCGAACUUCUGGUGUUCAAGACCUUUCGCAUGCUCUUGUCGGAAUCGAGCCAUGGUUAGCCAAAAAUGAAGAACAUACCUCAAGUUUGUAUAGCAGAACACAUUUUCUAAUUCAGAAGACUCACGGAAUUAGAUCUCUGGGACUGUCUGCGCUAAGUCUAUGCUACGUAGCGAUGGGUGCAAUCGAAGCAUAUCACAUCGAAGGCAUAGACCCAUGGGACGUGGCUGCCGGACAAUUAAUCAUCGAAGAGGCUGGAGGCAUGGUUGUGGAUACUACUGGUGGAGUUUUAGAUUUGAUGAACCCAAAAGUGAUUGCAGCUUGUAACCGUGAAAUAGCUGAACAAAUUGUCAAUCUAUUCAAGAAAACAGAUAGCAUCGGUCAGGAAAAAAUAUCUGACUUCUUGCUGCAGAUAAGUUCAGAUCUCUAAAAAACUUCCCUUUGUAUCUUGUACUGUGUAAUUCCAAACUUCUGUAACUAUUCAUCUUAAAACUUCCGAUAUCAAGUUCAGCACAGCGAUUUAUGACAAUUAGCAGUGUCAAAUAAGCAAAUAACGGAAAGAAGAGAAUAGAAAAAUCGUCAUAUAUAUGUCCAAGUUCUUCACUUGUUCUUCAUUCUCUUCGUUUAAUUGAUCUUUUGAAUUAUAACUACUAAAUUUAAACUCUUCACGCAAUGAGCAUUUCAAUUUCAUUGAACCGUCUACAGAAUAAAUUUGUUCCAAGAAGCAUUUCACUAGAUUUUCAUAUCAAUGGAAGCUAACAUAUAAUUUGGUUACUCCACGUUCAACUUAUCUUUAAGAACCGAAUCCCAGCGAGGACAAAUAGCAUACAAUGAUUAACACAUCCCGUUGUGAAUUCUGAAGACUUUAGCUUCAUUCGAUGAUUUGAAUUUAAAAACAUCUCACCUGAGG